AUGUACCAAAGUUCACUCUCCUGCCUCCUCUUCUACUUGCUAAUGAUCUCCACUUUCCUUCGUUUAGAAUGCCUGCAACAUUGUGACACUGGCCCUCAUCAGGUUAGAGCUGGCUACUGGUUCUCCCAAGACGACCAUUACUCCCCUGUUUCAAGCAUUAAUGCAUCCCUCUACACUCACCUCUACUACUACUCUCUCUCCCUUGAUGAUGUCACCUCCAGCGCCGCAGUUGCAGUCCCGCGGCCUGACCAACUCCCGAUCCUUAACACUUUCUCGAGCACCAUCAAAUUGAGCAAUCCAUCUCUCAAGACCCUCCUAUCCAUUGCCACUGAUGAUCGCAAGAAUAGUGCUUCGAAUGCAGCUUUUUCUGCCAUGGCAGCUGAUCCAGAUCUUCGAUCAUCGUUCAUCAGUUCUUCCUUAGCAUUAGCCAGGGAGAACGAGUUUGAUGGGUUAGACCUGGCAUGGCAGUUCCCGAGCUUACCAUCAGAUAUGACCAACCUCGGAAUCCUGCUUGCAGAAUGGCGAGCUCGUAUCAGCAAGGAGGCUCAGAAUUCAUCAUCGGUUCUUCUGACAGUCACAGUGUACUUCUCAAACCACUUGUUUGAACGAUCAACCGACGACCUUGACUAUCCAGUAGAUGUAAUAUCGGAAAACGUUGAUUGGGUUAAUGCUCUCUGCUUUGGUUACCACAAGAACAGCAAUGCCACUACCAACAAUGCUGCACUCUUUGACAAGGCCUCCCACUUCUCUACAAGUUAUGGCAUCACCUCAUGGCUGGAUGCAGGAAUCCCUCCGUGCAAACUGGUAAUGGGAAUUCCUGCAUAUGGAAGAUCUUGGUUUCUCAAGAACAAAGUGAAAAAUGAACCAGGUGCUCCGGUAGUGGCCACAGGACCUCGGCAAAAGAUGAGCAACCAGACUGGCAUGAUGGCCUAUUCGGAGAUUGAAGAGCUCCUGAAAGAUCCUAGUUCUGAAUUCAUAUAUGACAACCAGACUGUGAUUUCCUAUUUCCACUCUGGAGGUCUGUGGGUGAGCUUCGACAGUCCAGAAGUUGUAGAGUGCAAGAUAAAAUUUGCUCGGCACAACAGGUUGCUGGGUUACUUCCUCUGGCCUAUCAGUUUCGAUGACCUGCAUCACACAAUAUCCAGACAAGCUUCUGAUGUGUGGCUCAGAAACUAUAAAUCCUCCUACAAAGAUGAUGAUGGCUUGGAACAGGCAGAAUCUCCUUUGGAGGCACCACAAGAAGAUGCACCAACUCCAUCAGCAGCUCCUUCUGGAUCACAACACAGGCUUCCAAUGAUCAACAAUUAUCAUCUUGGUCUGUAUCUUUCACUGUGUUUUCUUUUCACUUAGCAACAUUUUAAGGUGGCAUGAAACUGUAAAGAGAAGGCUUUCAACAUUCUUUACAAUAGAAUCCUUCAACUAUAUGAUGAAAA